UCUGUGGUGUACAUUCAAUCAAUCUGGUGAGAACGAAGGCGAAUUCAGAGAAUCAUCAAACCAUCAAAGAAUCACCGAUCCGCCGUGUCUGUAAAAGAAUCGUUUGGCGAUGGCGCUGAAGUUUCUAAACAAGAAGGGAUGGCAUACGGGCAGCCUCCGCAACAUCGAGAAUGUGUGGAAGGCCGAGCAAAAGCGCGACGCCGAGGAUAAGAAACUGGAGGAGCUCAAAAAGCAGAUUCACGAGGAACGCGGCCGCGCUGAGUUUCGCCAGCUUCAAAUUGAUUCCGGCCUCAUCCCGAAGCAAGAGCGUCUCGAAUUUCUGUACGAUUCAGGAUUAGCUGUUGGGAAAGGUAGUUCUAGUUUCAAGGCUCUUGAACCUGUACCAAAGACUGAGCCCGAUACCACUGCAUCAGCAUCUACUUCUGAAAAGCCACAAUCGGCAGCACCGGGAGCAUUGUUUGAGGAGAAGCCGCAGACAGCUAAUGAUGCCUGGAGGAAACUUCAUUCAGAUCCGUUGCUUUUGAUCCGUCAGAGAGAACAGGAAUCUCUUGCUCGAGUGAAGAAUAACCCUGUCCAAAUGGCCAUGAUUCGCAAAUCUGUAGAAGCAACAAAGGGCAAAGACAAGGACGAAAAUAAACAUGGGAAAAAGCGUCACAGAAACAAAUCCAAACAUCGGAAACAUUCAUCAUCAGAAAACGACUCCGACUCCAACGAUGCGGCUCCGCCACUAGAAAAGGGAAGAAGAGAGAGUCAUCACAAGGUUUCCAAAACCAACAGGCCUUCAAGCAAGAAAGCCUAUACUUCAGACGAAGAACCACCGAGCCAAGAAGAUGCUCGAAGAAAGAAACACCAUGACAGGGAAUAUAAAGACAAAAACGAAGACAACCACAGAAGUAAGCAUAGUUAUUACAACUCCCGACGAGAAGAAUAUUCUUCAGAACGUCAGAUUGAACCUCGUCACGACUACAGACACGAUAAUAAACGAAGCCAUGUGGAUUCUUCUGAUAAGCCGCCAAGAAACGAGCCCAGCAAAACCAGGCACCGAAAUCCCGUUAAACUUUCAGAAGAGGAGAGAGCUGCUAGGCUUAGGGAGAUGGAAAUGGAUGCCGAAACGCACGAGCAGCAGAGGUGGAAAAGGAUAAAGAAGGCAGCAGAUAGUGACGCGCACGAAGCUAAUCGUGACCAUGCGUCUUUAGGAAGGAACUUUCUCGACGAUGCUCAGAAAAGUAUUUACGGUGCUGAGAAGGGAGGAAGCUCCACUAUUGAGGAGAGUGUGCGCAGGAGAUCCCAUUAUCUACAGCGAAGACAACCUACUGAUAGCAACGCUUUUCGUCGGUCUUGAUUUUUGCUUGUAGAAUUCUAUCUAUAAUUUGUUAUUGUCCUCGUUUGUAACGAUUAAAUUACAUCAUUGUGGUAAAGGUGGUAAACUUUGUACUCUGUUUUUCUUGUUUCCAGUAAAGAUUUUUCUUAAACAUAGGUUACAAUCGUUUUACUGCUGGUGGGCUUAAUCAUGAUAGCAAAUUGUAAUUUCAAUUAUAUGAAUAAUUUAG